CUUCAGCACUGCCUACCAGUGUAUCUACUACUCCCCAGAGCACACAGCCAAAGCUCAGGAGGUGCUCAGCACUGUGAGUCUCCUCCAGCCGCUCAUCACCAGCUCAGCUGACCGACUCCUCCAGGCAGCACAGGAGCACACCUCCUCUGGAAUGAGGGACGCACUCAAGAACCUGUCUGACAGGACGGAGCAAUUUGUCCACACACUUAAGGAUGAAUUGGUCAAGAGUGCACUGCUGGCGCUGCACGCUGCACGGCCGGGCUACGUCUCCAAGAGCCAGAAGCAGACGCCGUUGCAAAGCCAUCAUCAUCAUCAUCAGGGCCAAACUGGCCAGAGCGGUGAUCAGAAUCAGAGCCCGGUCCAGGGACUUCCAGGCCACAGUCCAGCCUCACCGGUCACCGAGAGCCCAGUGGUGUGUAAUAAUGUGGAGGCAUCAGAGGUGGAAACUGGGUCACUGAAGCACCAAGACUCAAUACCACAUCAUAAGGAGUACGAUGAGGAGGAAUGGGUGACUGGAAGGAGCAGCUGUGCCCUCUGGUGUCCAGAUUAAAGGAGUGUGUGUUGGAGGUUGUGGAGAAGGCAAAGAGAGCCAUGACCUUUGUGCUCCUGCAGGAGGCAGCCUGCAGCACACCUCAAGGUUUCCUCCUCCAGCAGAGGAGAGAUGUAGUCUUCAGUCAGGCACUGGCGGCCUUGAUCUGUGGCUUUGUCAUGAAGUUGUAUUCAGGACUGCAGGACAAAGACUUUCUGAGGCAGCUCCACCUCGUCGGCCUGGUGGCCCAGUUUGAGAGCCUCCUCAGCACCUACAGUGAAGAGAUCGGGAUGCUGGAGGACAUGGAGGUUGGAAUCUCUGACCUGCAGAACGUCGUCUUCAAGGUCACCGAGGCCAAGACGGACGAGCUCAGUGAGCUCCAGCCUUCAGUGUGGGGUCGACGAGACCACUUCACUGUAGAAGUGCCAUUACCACAAGUGAUUUUCCAGACCUUGCCGGAGGAGGUGAAGGAAGGCAAGCCUCUGCGAGUAUUCCCGCUGCUUUUUAACGUGGGCAUCAAUGAACAACAAACUAUAGCUGAGAGGUUUGGAGAUAUCUCAUUACAAGAAAGAAUAAACCAGAAGAACUUUGAGAUGUUAGAGACCUAUUAUAAAAUAUUAAGUGAACAGGUGCCACUAGAAUGUCUACCAUGUUUUCAGACGCAGACCGACAUAAAGGAAUUACUUGAAACCCUAGGCCAGAAUGUAGUCUCAAAGAAGAGAAAGAAUGUGGAAAUACUAUGGAUUGCUGGAACCAUUUGCCGAAGGUUAAAUGGUAUCAGGUUUACCAGCUGUAAAAGUGCCAAAGACCGAACAUCCAUGUCUGUCACCUUAGAGCAGUGCACCCUCCUGAGGGACGAGCACCAGCUCAGCAAGGACUUCUUCGUACGAGCUCUGGGCUGUAUGCGGAGUCGUCUUACCCAGGGGGACACUGGGCAGUGGGAGGACCUCGAGGCUGGCGCCACAACAGAAAACAAACCAGCGUCUCGACACUUUUAUCCUAUUGCGCUGCUGCUUGUUAGCUCUCACUUACUGGUUGUGUGGCUCAUAUUAAGUCUCGUUUUUCUGCUUGCAAAAUAUCAAUAAACUGCUGACAAUGUUG